CCCUUGUGCUGCCUCGUUCUGCCUGUGCUGCCCCGUUGUCCCCGUGUUGCCCCGUUCUGCCCGUGUUGCCCCGUUCAGCCCGUGUCCUGCCCUGUUCAGGCCGUGUCCUGCCCCGUUCUGCUCGUGUUGCCUCGUUCAGCCCGUGUCCUGCCCCGUUCUGUCCGUGUUGGCCUGUUCUGCCCGUGCUGCCCCGUUCUGCCCGUUUGUGUCCUACCCGUGCUGUCCGUACCCGUUGGUGCCCCACCCGUGCUGUCAGUUCUCGCUCGUGCCCCACCCGGUCUGUGCUGCCCGGUCUCGUGCUGCCUGUCACCCCCGUGCGGCCCGUCCCGUACAGCACCUAGUUGCUACCCGAACCCGCUACCCGUACCCGUGCUCCUCGCACACCGUGCACCAGCUGCGGGGCGUUCAACCGCAGCCGGGCACCUGUUCCACGGCGGUGGUUCAGAUGCAGCUUGGUGGUUGCUGCUUGUCGGCUUCAGAGGGGGCCCCUUGCUGGUGUUCCCACGCCCUGUAA